AAACAGAAAGUAAAAGUUACUGGGCAGACAGAGAAAGCAGCAGCAUAGUGACGAACUGCAGAUUUUUGCCGGACUCGAACAACACCCUCUAUCGGCCACAUUCCUAAAUCAGGAUGGCAGUGCAGUUCUCUGGCUGGGAGGUGGUCGACGAUGGUGCUUCUUUUGCGGGUGUGGAGCUGGAGCCGUCCCAGAAACCCCAAAACCGGGGUGUCUACACUAUGUACCAUGGGACCAGCGUUGCCAGUGCACGGCUCAUCAUUGCCAAUGGCUUUAAACAGUCAUCAGGUGGCAUGCUGGGAAGGGGCGUGUAUGUCAGUCGUGAUAUUAAAAAGGCGGCUCAUUAUCCAUUAAACAGUAACAGCACAGACCGCGUGGUCUUCAAGUUACACGUGCGUGUCGGCCGUGUAAAGCGCAUUGACAAGGACAACCAUCCUAUGCAGUACACCUGGAGCACGCAUCGCUACGACACUGCCUGGGUGCCCCCUAAGUGUGGCCUUAAAGCUGUGCGCAGUGGCCUAGAGGAGGAUUGUGUGUUCGAUCCUAAAAGGGUGAAGGUGGUAGGGAUAGCAAAGGCACCAGACGCCAUUAUACAGAAGGAACUUGAACAGCUUCUAUCAAAAACAUCCAGCAGACCUGGAUCAGGAGGUGAUGCUACUGCAGAUGUGUGUUCACUGUGUAAGAAGAAGAGCCAGCAGGGGGCUUCACACAUCAGACAACAGUGCUGGGAGUGUGGGCAAAACAUCUGCAUUCUCAUGUCCAAGCAUUUCUGUCCAGCCAAACCCUUCAGAUUAGAGAACGAAAACGACACUACUGACGAGCUGCUGUUCCUGAACAGCACCCCUUGUAAAACCAAGAUGUCGCUGCCUUUCUUUGGCUGGGAGGUGACCUAUGAUGACGACUCUCCUCGUGUGGAGCUGGUGGCGUCUCAGGCGCCCAAAGACAGUGGUGUCUAUACCAUGUUUCAUGGCACCAGCAUUGCCAAUGCACGGCUCAUCAUUGCCAAUGGCUUUCAGCAGUCAUCAGGUGGGAUGCUGGGUAAGGGCGUGUAUGUCAGCCGUGAUAAGAAAAAGGCGGAGCGUUAUCCUUUGAAAAAUGCCCUUUCCGAUCGUGUGGUCCUUGAGUUACGGGUGCACGUGGGCCGUGUCAAGCGCAUUGACAUUGACAACCAUCCUAUGCAGUACACCUGGAGCACGCAGGGAUACGAUACUGCCUGGGUGCCUCCCAAUUGUGGCAUGAAAGCCGUGCCCAGUGGCCUAGAGGAAGAUUGUGUGUUUGAUCCCAAAAGAGUGAAGGUAACAAGCAUUGCAAAGGCACCAGACACGGUGCUGUCAGAGCUUCAGCAGCUUCUAGCUAACAGUCUAAGGAAUACUGGCAAUGCAGGAGAUGGCAGUGCUGUGGAUGUGUGUUCACUGUGUAAGAGAAAGACCCAGCAGGCUUCUCCGCACAUCAAGCAACCGUGUUGGGGCUGUGGGCAAAACAUCUGCACUCUCAUGACCAAGCAUGUCUGCCCAACUAGGCCCUGAGAGGGCAUAAGGGCCUGAAAAACAAGGAACCAACAAGGAUCCACGUCUGUAUGGCCUUCUAAUGGGAUGGAGGGAAAACUAAAGCUAAAGUUUACUAAAGAGUA